AUUACAAGCUUCAAAAGAAAUAAAGAACAAAAAAAAAAAAUACAAAGAUAAUAUCAUGAGUUCCGUAGCACAGCUAUUCAAGAACAACCCCGUGAACCAUGACCGCAUCAUCCCACUAGACUUCACCAACACCAAAACCUUACCGGACUCUCAUGUUUGGUCUAAACCUGAGCUCGAACCCGAACCCAUGACCCGACCCAUUCCAGUCAUCAGCAUAUCCAGCCCUGAGAAAGUGCUACUAAGACAUGCCUGUGAGGAAUGGGGUGUGUUUCAUAUCACAGACCAUGGGGUCCCACUCUCGUUACUCCACAACGUUGAGUGCCAAAUGAAAAGGCUUUUCUCUUUACCCAUGCAUCGUAAGAUCCUAGCUGUUCGAUCACCGGACGAGUCAACUGGUUACGGUGUGGUUCGGAUCUCAAUGUUUUAUGAUAAGCUUAUGUGGUCUGAGGGAUUCUCCGUUAUGGAUUCCUCUCUUCGGCGUCACGCUACACUCAUAUGGCCCGAUGAUCAUGCCGAGUUCUGCAAUGUGAUAGAAGAGUAUCAGAAGGAAAUGGCAAAUUUGAGUCACAGACUAGUAAGCAUGGUGAUGGGUUCGUUAGGACUAACACACAAAGAAUUGAGAUGGCUUGUACCAAACAUAACUGGUUCAAGAACCGACUCGAGCCAAUCUUUUCUGCAGUUGAACUCCUAUCCGGUCUGCCCUGACCCUGAUCUAGCCAUGGGUUUAGCCCCUCACACUGACUCUUCCCUACUAACCAUCCUUUAUCAAGGCAACAUUCCAGGUUUAGAGAUUCAAAACCUACAGGCAGAAAAGUCGAGAUGGAUUGGAGUGGAGCCAGUAGAAGGAGGUCUUGUUGUCAUAAUGGGAGAUUUGUCUCAUAUCAUAUCCAAUGGACGGUUCAAAAGUACGAUGCACCGUGCGGUGGUGAACAAGACGCACCACCGUGUCUCAGCCGCAUAUUUUUCAGGCCCACCCAAGAACCUUCAGAUCGGUCCGUUGACUGCCGACACGGACCAUCCUCCUCUCUACCGCCGUUUGACAUGGGAAGAGUACCUUGCAGCCAAAGCAACACACUUUAACAAAGCCUUGAGUUUAUUUCGUUGCUGAAACAUAAAAUAAAAGUAACGUCUACUUUGGUUAUUGUUUAAUUUACGUCGUUACAUUUGUAAGAGUAUUCUAUGUGUUUCCUAUUUUAUGUCAAAGUUUCUACAAACAUAUGUUGAAGAGUUUUGUAUUAAGUAUUGUAUUUACUGUAAAGCUCAAUGUUGGGUUUCAUCUUUCGAUUUUUGUUAAUGAACAAGGAGGUUUGUACCCCCAACCGCCUUCGUUAACGGGCUUCCACAUGCGAAUCUCAUCCGGCCGAUAAUCGAUUCGUUAAUUUUUGGGAGGUUUGAAAAACUUAUUUACUAACCUUGCAAUUAUCAUGUCUUCUUAUGUGGUUUGAUUAAUAUUGUGAAUUAUUUCUUGAUAGGUCAUUCAUUAUUUUACUAUUCCAAUUCCAAUUUAAAUACAACUUCCAAGUCUUUUUUCUAGAUAGUGACCAAAAAAGAGACUUUAAUGAUAUAUAUAAUCAAAUCAAUUUUUAUAAGUCUAUCUACAUACACGAAGAUAUAUACUAAAAAUAGAGAUGUUACAGUUUGAGUAAUUGAAAUCAUUUGGCCAACAUUAAAAGAAAUAAAAUCAAAUUAUACCAAAAAAGUUUACGUAGAAAAGGGGGUGGGUUGACUUGCUUGACUAGUGAACCAUAAUAAAACUCAUAAAAGAGUGGUAUACAUAGGGAAACCGCACGCACGGAUUCUCUGGUACCGUCGGCUUAGAGGUAGUGCACACAGUGCAUUUGCACAGGGUCUUGUUUUUUUAAAAAAAAAUUCUUAAGGAAAUUAGGGCCCUGUUUUGUUAGAAUGUAUAAAUAUUAGGGUCUUAGUUGUGAAAGUAACAAUGAUAUACCUAAAAUUAUUAGAAAAAUUUAACUCAGCAUAGGGUCCAUUUAAUAUUUAAGCCGGGCCUGCGUCCAGUGACCCUGAAACGCUUCUUUCAACGUCCUUCUUCCUCUUCAAUGUGUUUAGCAAUUCGGACAGGCUCUUGCUGCUUCGUUUUAUGGUGGAAACAUCAUCUUUCGAUUGCUUCCUCAUGCUUAUGAUUUGUACAUAAGUCACAGCUAAGUAAAGAUUCAUUCAUGCCAUGAAAAUCAGUCUAGAUAGUGUUCUUGACAACAUAAGAUUCUGGUGCUUGUGGUAUCACAUAUAAGGUUGUUACACUGUCUCGUUGAAGCAAAACUCAUAUCACAUUCAUCAUUACACUGUCUCGUAAGGUUUUUUUUUUUUUUGGCAAUCACAUAAAGUAAGAAGCAGAAAAACAAUCAAGAGCUCUUGGUCUAGUGGUAAUGGAACUCCAGCUGGAUUGCUCGCCCAGGGUUCGAGUCAUCUUGGCUACCUUCCCGCCUAUAACCGUGCCCGGAUGGAAGGUCUCGUGGGGAUUAGUCAGUCUGGACUUACUGCCUGGGAUCCCCCAUGGACAUUAAAAAAAAAGCAGAAAAACUCAUUAGCAGGGACUUCUUGUAGUGAGAAUCGCCCUGGCUUCUUCAUUGGUUACAGUAUUGUCUUCUUUCAUGCUCUGCAACAGAGUAUCAAAGUUGUUCAACCCGGGUCUCCAUUUUCUCUUUCCCACUUCUAUACCUAAAGACGUUUUCAUACACUUGAAAGCGUUAUCUUAAGGACCCUUUUCCACAUAAGCAGUAAGCCACAAGCCCUCCAAGAAUCUUGAAACUGUAGUUAUCAUGAGCAACGUUCUCUUCCUUCACCUUAUCCAGAACACCAGGAACUUCUCACCUAUCUUCGUGUAGAGGCACAUGACUUUGUUGCAAGUAAGAGAGGAAGAAGGGAAACCCAUAUCUCUUUCAUAUUAUGAAAAUGCAAGAGACUUUCUCAACGUUCUGUUGCCUAACGUAGCAGUUUCUUAACGUUCUGCUGCUUAACCCUCAAACACGAACCCCUUUGUGUGUACUUCAUUGUGGUUCUCGGUCUAUAAAUAAACUCAAUGAUAAACAUCUACUUGAACAUCUAGUCUGUACAAAAGGAUCUGUCUUCUGAAAUACCCUAACCAGGCGUGGAGAAAGGAAACUAUAUCAAAGAAGUAAGAGCUUCGUGGAGUGCUCAAAUAGUUGACAAAGUACAUGCGUUACACACGAGUUUGUUUUUUCUUUCUUCAUCUCUCACUCAAAUGGAUUGUGUUCAUGUGAGAACCUUCCUCUGUUUCAAACCUGAAUGUUUGGUUGAUUUGUUCUUGUAUAUUGUGAGGGAGAACAAAUUAACCAACCAUAGUCCACUGCUUGAACUUUAUGAGAUGACUUUAUUGGUCUUCCUCCUCGUGUCAUUAAGCAUAUGUUUUAACAAUAAACUCUUAUGAUGUGCCAAUAUAAACUCUAAUGAAGGCAAGGCACACACUUACACGCAUUGUAUUUUCUCUUAACAAAGCACUAUUACAUCAUUAAUCAAAUUUAUCACAACAAAUUAAUCACUAUUAGUAAGUCCCUACUAAAGUUAAUUUAUAAGUGUUUUGUCGAUUUCGAAAAAUAGGUAUUCGAUAUUAUUGUUUAACUACUUAUUUUCUUUAUAUUAGGUAAUUAUCAACUAAACAUUUGUAUGGAUUUAAGUAUAAUAAUCUUAUGAAGAUUUUAUAUGAAAAAAAAAAACAUAUCUUCUGCCCCAAUGAACGUGCAUGUGAGCAUACAGGCACAUUGUCUCUUUUUAUAAUAAACACUUGCCUUAAGGUGGCAUUAUAUUCUUAAUAUCCCUAGAUUUUGUUUGUGUUUAUACCACUUGACUCAUUUAAUGAUAUCUUCUUGAUUCUAUAAUUUUCAUAUACAUCCAACAGUUAAGAGUAAGAGAACCUUGGUUUUGACUAAGCUUAGCCUAAGGUUUAUUGUGUGUAGAUAGGUCUCCAGAAUUCUUUAAUGCAAAAUCUCUGACACGUUAUCCUCACAAUCUCAGUCUGUUAAAGAAAAAAUGAAUCUCUUCUUCAGUUUCCACGCCCCAGGAACCUGUAUAACACCCACUCCCCAACACUAAAAAUCAUCAUAGCAACACCACCACCAAUAAAACCAAGUAUAGCUUUUGAGAGAAAUGAAUAACUCGCAUAUUUUGGUGAGGAGAAACCGUCAAGUGAAUAGAGAGAAGCCUCCACCACGAAUAUGUCCAAGGUGUAACUCAGACAACAUCAGGUUCUGUUACUACAACAACUAUAGCGUGUCUUAGCCGCGCUACACCUGCAAGAAUUGUCGUCGAUUAUGGACUCAUGGUGGGACUUUAAGGAACAUAUCGGCUGGUGGCAGCAGAAUAGAUCAAACAUCUGUUGCUCAGGUGGUUCCUGUUGAGACCCAACAGGUUAAUCAUCAUCAGCCUUUCUUACAUGGUCAAGAGACUAAUGAUUUUCUUGGAUCUAUUGGUGGUUCUUCUUCUUCUGCUGCUGUUGUAGGGAACCAUUUCGGUUCUUUGCCUGAGACGCAUGGUGAUAUGGUGUUUCCAUUUCGAAGUUAUCCACCAAUGAAUCGCCCUGUGUUCAAUGAUGGGUCGUUUCCGCAAGGAUAUUACCAUGUUGGACAUGUUAAUAAUCAUAACAGUUACCGCGUAAAUCAAGAGGAUCCAAACAAGCCAAGACAGCGCUUCAACAACACCAUGAGCAUGAAUCAUAAUACCAGCACCAGUGGAAGCUGAGGAUAAUAAGGCACUGAUCACAUGAUCAAGAACAAGAAUAACAAAGUCAGAAACAAGUUGGUGUUUACAUCCUCUUAUCAUGUGGUCCUUGCAGGGCCGGCUCAACACUGAUAGGGACCCUAGGGCAAAAAAAUUUUUUUAACUCUCUAAAAUUUAUAUAAAAAUAAUGUUUAAAAUAUUUUAAAAUUUAAUCAAUAAUAUUUUGUAUAUUUUGUAAUGAAAAUAAAACUAUAUACAUAUCAAAUAAUUUUGGGCCCUUUUCAAUUUUAUUUAUUAUAUUUACAAUUUUUUUUUAUAUAUAAAAAUAUAGAUUUAUAAAAAAUUGGGCCCCUUAUUUAUCAUUACACGGGGGGACACGGGCUCGGACCCGGGGCGAUCGCACCGCUUGUCCCCCCUUGUAAGCCGGCCCUGGGUCCUUGAAUCAUACCCGUUUUAUCUUUUAUUUAUUAAGCUAAUAAUGUUUCAGUUUUUUUUUUUUGAAUAAAGUGUUUCAGUUUUUUUUGUUUAUGUUUUCUGUUGGGUCUUUUUGUAAUUGAUUUCUAAAAGUUUGCAUCUUUGUUCACCUAAAGUUUCAGACAUAAGUUGCUUGUCAGGUCUUUUUGUAAUAUAAACAAAUUAUUAAUUAUCACCAGUUCGUUGUGUCUUGUGUCUUUCAUAAUCAUAACUGAUAAAUAAGAUAUUUAUGUGCUCCCAGAGUUCAUGUUUUGCUAUGUUUUAGUCUAUUCUCUGUUUUUAAAUUACGCGUAAUCGCAUAAUGUGAGAUGCAUUAGCGUACAAUUAUCGUAAAUCUAAGAUUUUGUCUAAAAUAUUUAGCUUGUACUUCUACUACCAAUCUGUUGAAGAUUUGUUGUUCCAGGGUCACAAAAUUAUAAUUAAGCACUCUGUGGUUCGGCAAGAGUUCUCUUUUACCAUAAAAAAGAAGAUGUCUGAGCCCGGGUUCGAACCGGGGACCUCUAGUGUGUGAGACUAGCGUGAUAACCGACUACACCACCCAGACUUUGUUGGACACAAAGUUUUGACGAUUGAACUCUUAGUUUGGAAACCAUUUUCUUAAAUAUGCUAACAAAAUAACCGUUAUAUGUGGCGCUAACCCCUUUCAAAUUCUUAUGGGUACUGUAGUACUUUCUUUUCUCUUGUUCGUUUACAAUGUCCAAAUAUAGAGUUUUGAGUCCUGUUCGUCCCUAUUAUCAUACAUGUCAAUGGAUGAAUAUUUGAUAAUUAUAAAGUGAUUAUUGAGGUGUGUUUUAUUUUGAAAAAGAUCAGAUUUCUAAUAUAUGUUUUAGAAUAGCUUACUCGAUACAUAAGCUUUUUUUUUUAUCCUAAAUAGUAGUCCUCAUGAAUAUAUAGUUAUGAACUACAAAUAUAGUACAAAUACAUCAACUUAUUGGUAAGAAGUUGUAUUGGCAACCAACCCCCUGGCACGUUUAGCAAGUUUUGUAUCAGAGGCUGAUCCAUUUUGUGACGAUGACGAGGAGACAUAGAGUAGCGAAGCAGAAGCUAGACAGAAUCAAAGAAGAAGAGAAUGUUUCAGUGGUGGGAACUUGUGACCAUGAAUUCACUGUUUUGAGCUUUUAGUUGACUGUGUAUCAUAUUUAAUGAUAAUGAAGAAUGUUAUCUAGUCCUUGAGCAGGAUUAAGCUUCACUUUGCAGUGAGGAAUGUUUGUUAGGCUUUAUUGGUACUUUGUUUCAGCUAACCACUAUGAUGAAUGUUCUUUUUUUUUUUUUUUUUUUUUGAAACACACUAUGAUGAAUGUUCAUUAGGCUUUUCUUUUGGUAUUGUGUUUUAAUGUAAUUCGAAGGUUGUCUCAUAAAGGGAACAUAGACUUAAGGCAGAAAGCACAUUGCUGAGCUCAUGCCUUAGCGUUGUUCUUACGAGUGAAUGGUGAUGACAGAAAGAGGUUUGGUCAAGUCACGGAUUCACUGACAAGUUAAUAUAAUAAUAACUUCUAAAGUAUUAUCAUAUACGUCUCUAGUUUUUUUUUUGGUAAACAUAUACCUCUCUAGAAAUAUACCUCAAUAGUUUCUAGUUUCUAGUUCAGAAUUAAUACCAAAUAAACGAUACACAAGUUUGAAUUGUAGUUUUAUCACAAAGAUACGAGAGCCAAAGA